AGUUAACCUUGGAAGAUCCAUUGAGAGAAGGGUCGCAUGACCUGGAGGAUUGGCUGGCUCAUCAAACCGAAGGGCGCAACACUAUUCGGGAAAUGAGCAAGGAAGAAACGCACAUUGUGCAUGGGUUGCCCACGUACAAUCAAGAGGGUGCACUGAUUGCACCUGAGGGCUACAUGUCAAAGUUGAGAGGGGUGAUGGUGAUGCUCACCUUUAACCUCUCGCACAUUGCUUUCCAGUCUAAAAAGGAAGAUCUGAUUUUGGCAGACAUUGUCAAGAUGAGGGUC